AUGACUGACUUAGGUCGAUGGAUGAAGGCACGAGUAGUCGAACUGAAUAUAUUCGAAAGUGAGACAUCACGUACAAGUGCUUUUCAUUUACGUACUGCAAUCAUCACAACUCGUGUCUAUCUAUUAAUGCUCGUAUUGGCCAUCACAAUUUUGAUUACUUUUACUUCAUUACAAAAUCAAACUGAAACUGUGAGUGUAUUGAAUCCGUCUGAAGUUACCUAUGAUAAUUUAUAUAAAAAAUAUCCGACAACAAUUCAAUGUCCUUGCAAACAUGUUUUAAUGAAUUAUCGUUCAUUCAUGUCCAUAUCAGUUCAAUAUCAUCCUAUUUGUUCUAGCUCAUUUAUAUCCGAUAGAUGGAUUAGUAUUCUUUUCAAUCCAAAUAUAAGUUUUUUUCAUCCAAUUGAUUUUCGAUCAUCAGCUACAGGUCAAUUUCAACUACUUGCAUCGCUUUGUUCUCUUUCUUUGACAUCAGUAUCGGAUGCAAUUGAUGACUUUCUUUCGGCUAAUUUUUUAACACCAGAUGUUUUCUCACGUUUACAAUUCGAUGAACAAAUUCGAACACAAAGUUUGUUUGUACAAAUAUCAACAGCAAAUAUUUUUCAAAAUCUACUACGUCUCGUACGUUCGACCACUUACAGUAAUCGAUUACAAACUGCAUUACAAACAUCUCGAUCGUAUUUUUUCCAACUCGACAUUAAUAAUACAGCAUCUGUAUUUUCAUGGGGUCCUUCUUUUGUUGAUAUUAGAAGAAAUUUGUGCUAUUGUAAUCUUGGAGCAACAUGCUUCUUGCCCUCGACUUUCUAUCUGCCUUUUGUUUAUGCCCUUCCUAUUUAUGGUUCAUAUAGAACGACUACACAACCCAUGGGUAAUGUGACCGGUUUCGUAGCUGGAUGCUAUCCUAUUGAAUCAGUUCUUCGAUCAACACUUGAAUGUUUCUUUGAUUCAUCUUGUUUCAAUACAGUGCUACAAUUCUUUUCUUUAUCGAUCAAUACCACAUUUCAUAGCUUAAAUAAUAGUGAAACACGAUUUCAUCCACAAGAUCCUAUCGAAAGGUUAGUCAAUGAAUUAUUUGUUGAAGACUGGACAACAAUAAGAUCAUUUUCAUCAUAUUAUGCACAAUGUGAGCCCAUUUCAUGUACGUACACUUUCAUACGACGUAAUGAUGCAUUAUACGUAAUAACGAAAUUGUUGGGUCUCUAUGGUGGACUUACUGUUGUUCUUCGUCUUCUUGCAUCACAUACAAUUGGUUGGUGGCGUACACGUACGAAUCGACCGAGACAUUCAACAAAUGUUAAUACAAAUAGAUCUCUCACUGAACGUAUUUAUACCCUAUGGUUAUGGAUACGAAUACAGAUGAUUGAAUUUAAUUUAUUCAAGACUCCUAUAACACGUCAUGAUUCAUAUGAAUUGACUACAUCAAGAAUAACGACUCGUAUUUAUCUUCUUGUUCUCUUUCUAUCGAUUAUAAUUCUUAUUAUAUAUACAGCAUCGAAAGUUGAGAAACAAGUUGUAACAAUAGAAAAUCCUUCAAAAGUAGUCUAUGAAAAUUUAUUUAAAAAAUAUCCAUUAACAUUGAAAUGUCCAUGUAAUCAAAUAAUAAUACCCUAUGGUUCAUUUAUUUCAUUUGCAUCUGAAUAUCAUCCGGUAUGUUCAAGUUUAUUUAUAUCCGAUGAAUGGAUUAUUUCAACACGUGGAAGAUAUCCACUUGAUAUAUAUCCUACAGUAAAAUUUGAAGAAUCUGGUCCAUAUAUUUUUAAUACAUUAGCUACAUUAUGUUCAUUAAUACAAAAUACAUUGUCUAAUGCUUGGCAAAUUUUUAAUCGAUCAUCAUUGAUCACUAGUCAAACAUUAUCCUAUGAAGAAUUAAUCGAUCGAUCUAAUGCAACAUUACAACAAUUUAUUCGAAAUACAGUAGCUGAAUUUAAACGUCUUCGUAAAUUAAUUUCAACACAUAAUCAUGGUAUGUUCUUAGCAGAUUAUAAUACAAAAUUUUCUACUUCACAUGUAAAUAAUAAUGAUACACGUAUUGAAUUUUCUUCAUUACCAAUGAUUAUUGACAAUUGUUCAUGUGCAAUUAAUAAUGAAUGUAAAAAAUCGAUCGGUUUAUAUACCUAUGAUGAUGGACAACUCAUAUUUGAAAUACCAAAUUUAUUUAUUAGUUGUUCAAUCAUUCAAGGUGUUCUAGAAUCAUCACUUGAAUGUUUUUUUAAUCAAUCCUGUUUAGAUAUUGUUCAAUGGUAUAUUAUAUCAACAAAAUCUAUAGAAAUACCUAUUUUAAAUGCGAGUAAUACUCGUUUUUUACCUGAAACACCGAUUGAUGUAUUACUCGAUUCACUUAUGAUCGAACAAUGGGGUCAUCAUAUUCAAUACGAUCAAUACUUUAAUCAAUGUGCAACAAAAUUGUGUUCAUAUACAUUCCUAUCACGUCCUAAUCCAUUGUAUGUGAUAACAAUAUUAGUUAGUUUAUUCGGUGGACUUUCCAUUGCAUGGAGAAUAAUCUUACCGAUCAUUGUUGGUAUUUUACGUAAUCGUAUGCGACCGAAAAUCUCACCUCCAACUAACACACAAACAAAUCGUUCUCUUCGACUGAUCGAUCACAUACGAUGUGUAUGGAAAUCAUUGAAGAAUAAAUUAUUGAAAUUCAAUAUAUUCGAAAAUGAAGCAACAUGGAAUAAUGAAUAUCAUAUUCGUACGGAAAUUCUUGGUACUCGUAUCUAUAUUCUUUGCCUUAGUAUUUCAAUAAAUUUUCUAAUCAUUUAUACAUUAUUAAUUAUUCAAACACAAUCAAUUAUCAUUAAUAAUCCAUCUUUAAUACAAUUUAAAGAUUUACAAACAAAUCCGAAAUAUUCUUCUACAUUAAAUUGUCCAUGUCAAAAUAUUUCUAUUGAAUACAAAUCAUUUAUUAAAAUAAAAAUGGAUUAUCAUCAAUUUUGUUCAAGUGAUUUUAUUUUAAAUUCAUCAAUAUGGCUUAAUCAAAUUUAUUUUUCUCAAGCUACUCUUAUUUAUUCCUAUAUCGAUUAUCGAUUAUUUAUUGUAUCUCAAUUUCAAUGGCUUAUUUCAUUAUGUACUUUAGCGAAUGAGACAUUAUCCAAUGAAUUAAUUCGUUUUUAUUCAAAUACAUUUGUUAGUAAACAUUUACAAUCGCGUGAAAAUAUUGAACAACAAGCUAAUACUACUAUUGUUCAAUUUCGUAUAUCAACACCACGAACAUUUUUACGUAUACUCGAUGCUGUUCGGUCGAUAGCACAAGGUAACGGUAUUGUUUCAUCAACAAUGUCGAAUUGGUAUUUUUUUGCAUUAAAUCGAAAUGUUCAAUCUGAUUCAUUGUGGAGUCAAUCACGAUUCUAUGGUGAGAAUAAUAAUUGUUCAUGUGCUACAAAUGCAAUGUGUACAUCAUCGGCUACUAUUAAUGGAUCGAUUGUCCCUGGUUUUCGUGUCGGUUGUUAUGCACUUGAAGCUCUUCUUCAAUCGACUCUUGAAUGUCUUUAUAAUAUAACAUGUAUUAAUGUACUAAAAAAUAUGUAUUAUUUUUCGAAUAUUACUUUUCGAUCACUUGAUCCUCUAGUUUCUUCAUCUAGUGUCACUGUUCAAACAUUAAUCAAUAAAUUAAUGAUUGUUCAAUGGGAAGCAAAUGUUAAUUAUGAUCAUUAUUAUUUAUCAUGUGCACCAUUGCAAUGUAAUUAUUCAAUUCGCGAACGAGUUAGUCUAAUCUAUAGUGUAACAACUAUUAUUGGACUAUUUGGAGGAUUAACAGUUUUACUCAAAAUUUUUGCUCCUAUCUUGGCAAAAAUUGUACGAAAAAUUCAAAUUCAUCAUCGUCAACACCGUACAGUGAUGACUAUGACUACAGUCGAAGAACAACAACAAAAUAAUAACAAUUGA